AUGGCCCAUUGCCACUCCCUGCGUGUGAGAGGACAAGAACCAGAGGAGCUGAAGAACGUGAGAGAAUGCACGGUGAAGGGGGAGGAAGAGGAAGAUGAGCUGGUCUUUGUUGGAGUGGAGCGUGUCAGCGAAGAUGCUGAUCUUGUCUUCGUCGGGGUGCUUUCUCAUUCCAAACCGGUCAUUUCAAACAUUUUGAAUAGAGUCACCCCAGGCUCACAUGCAAGAAGAAAGAAAGGCCCCUUCAGUCAAGACCCUGCUAAUUUUUCCCAGCUUGCAAGUUAUGUCUCCCAUACGAAAAACACAGUGGCCAUAAAGCCAGCUGCUCGGCCUCCAUGGAGUUCAGGAGGUGGUUCCAUGAGUAUUGAGUCUCCAUCCGAAGCCGGCUGUAAAGUGAGCUCACCCCCAGUGGAUCCUGGCCGUGGUUCAGAAUUGCUUUCUUCAAGGACCCCGUCUCUGGUGGGAGCCGUCCUUCCUGUAGGAGGUCAAGAUGCGAGUCCUCGUGAAUCAAAGCAAAUGUCCACACCAGAUAUAAACAGCAGAAAUCCCAAAAGGUCUAAGCUCAGUGAUGGAAUCCCAAGUGCGUGUUCUGCAGCUGAGCCCCCUUCCAGCAUCUUGCCCACCAAGGACGCGAGUACACCCUCAAAAAGCGACUGCUUUUCACCCAGCCAGGUUCAGGACAGAACAGAAUCUCCUGGGGUUUGUGCUAAUGACAAGGCACAUUUCAGUCUCAGGGAUCCAGACAGAGCCAACGACACUGCAGCAGUGGCCAAACCAGACUGUUUGGGUGAAGCAAGUCAAAACAAGGCCUUUGAUCCCGUGAAAGGCAACCUGACCAUGCUCCUUAGUGACUUCUACUAUGGGCAGCAUAAAGGCGAUGGACAGUCCGAGCAGAAGACUCACACAACCUUUAAAUGCCUCAGCUGCUUGAAAGUUCUAAAAAACAUUAAGUUUAUGAAUCACAUGAAGCACCAUUUGGAACUUGAGAGGCAGAGGGGCGACAGCUGGGAGAACCACACCACCUGCCGGCACUGCCACCGGCAGUUUUCCACCCCCUUCCUGCUGCAGUGUCACAUUGACAGCGUGCACACCUUCCAGGAGCCCUCUGCCAUUUGCAAAAUCUGUGAAUUGUCGUUUGAAACAGAUCAGGUUCUCUUGCAACACAUGAAGGACAACCAUAAGCCCGGGGAGAUGCCCUACGUGUGCCAGGUUUGCAGUUACCGAUCGUCAGCCUUUGUGGACGUGGAGACACAUUUUCGAACGUGCCACGAAAACACGAGGGAUUUGCUCUGUCCGUUUUGUCUCAAGCUUUUUAAAACUGCAAUCCCAUACAUGAAUCACUGUGGCAAGCACCAGAGCAAGAAGGGCUUUCCGUGUUCCAAGUGCCGGCUACAGUUUUUGACUAAGAAGGAAGUAAUAGAACACAAAGCCAAGAAUCACAAAACUUUUAAAAAGCCAGAGCCCCUCAGUGGGUUGUCUCCUGAAACGAACGUUAUUAUUCAAACUUCAGACCGACCAGGAUCGGGAGGCGUGGCCUCCAUUGUGGUGAGCAACACUCGCCUUUGGGUGUCACCCGUGAAAAGUAAAAAGAGGAUGGCUGUGAACACUUCGAUACCCCAGCGUCCCUUGUAG